AUGAGUCUCACAGCAACCACAGAGCAAACCCCUACGCCCUCGAUCAAGUCUGCAGACAAUGGGCAAGCGUUGAACAUAUCUAGCUUCGGAACAGGUGAAGUCAAGCGUCUUCAUCAUCAUAUCCCAUGGCCAGAGACUCCUUUGAAGACACGACAAUGGCAGCUUGAGCAGAUGGCGGGAGCCUUCCGCAUCUUCGCAAAGCUUGGAUUUUCCGAUGGAGGUAGCGGUCAUAUCAGUUUGCGAGACCCUGUUGACCCAAAGAAAUUUUGGCUGAAUCCAUAUGGCGUGCAUUUUGGCGUGCUCACUGUCUCCGACAUGGUCCAGGUUGAUGAUCAAGGUCGCCGUGUGGGUGGUGCCGACAAGCCCGUUAAUGCCGCCGGGUUCAUGAUCCACAGUGCUAUCCAUGCAGCGCGACCGGACCUACACGCUGUGUGUCAUGCUCAUAGUCCCCAUGCUCGAGCAUGGAGCACCUUUGGAUUACCCAUCGAGAUGCUCAAUCAAGACAGCUGCAUGUUCUAUGAUGACUUAGCCGUGUACCCGUCGUUUGGGGGUGUUGUUUUUGCGGCUGAGGAGGGUCGACGUAUUGCCUCUGCAAUGGGACCAACGAAGAAAAACUUGCUCCUCCAGAAUCACGGCUCAUUGACCGCUGGUGGCACAAUUGCUGAAGCGGCAGCUUUCUUCAUUGCUUUGGAACGAGCAUGCCAGACUCAACUCCUUGUUGAGGCUUCACUUGUUUCACCGAGACUGAAGAAGACAUUUGUUGGUGAAGAAGAAGCCGUGUAUACGAAGAAGGGAACUGGAAGUCCGGAAGUAAUGUAUAUGCAGUUUAUGCCGGAAUAUCAGAUGGUUCUCAAAGAGUCCAAAGGUGAUUUUCUGGAAUAA